AUAGCUCAACAAAUAUUUUCUUGAUAGAAAAAUGAGAUGCUUACAAUCUUGAAAGCAUGCAUUACAUGUUUGAAUUUUACUGAAUAUGAAGCACGCCAUCACAGGCUUCUCGUUGAUCUUCUUCGUAAGAACGAUUUCAAUUAAUUAUAAUGUAAGUUCUCAAUCUACAUGUAUCUUUGACUGUUUGAUGAAAAGUGUAUUUUUGUGACUGUGUUGUAAGUCAAAAUUAGGAUAACACGUCGAGGCAAAAUUAACCAAGCACCAUGACGGAGACCUUAACGGAGGAAAAAGUAUUCGAACUAGCAGAGGCUGUGGCGGUCGAUAAAAAUUUAUUAAUUCUCGGGUUGAAACUGGGAUUUAAGGAGCCAAAGGUUAAGAUGUACAUCAGUACGAAUAAACGAAAUGAAAGUUCAGAAGGAACCAGCUCCAUGCUGUUCGACUGGAAGAGAAAGACACCGAGAGCGCAGCAAAUACCCGAUCUCAUCAAGGCACUGAAUGAAUCUGGAUUUGCGGAAUUAGUUGAUGAUUUCUUCCCAUCUGGACUUGCUGGAGGUGUCGCAACCCAUGCAGUAAGUGCAGUAAACCCUUCUACUGCAGCUUCGAACACUGACAAUGCACAUGUAUCUACUGAGAGACUAGUGACUGAUGGUGAGAUCACCAGGCUAGCAAGUCGCCUCCCUUACGGAAGAUACAGUCAGCUCUGUGAAGAAUUGGGAUUUCAUUACAACUCCGCACAAAGCAUAUUGGUCAAACAUCAACGGGACUCGACGGCUGCUUUCAAAGAAGUAUUACAGGAAUGGAAGGACAAAGGUGGAUUUAUGGUAGAUCUUGAUACAGCUCUGAAGAACUCAGACCUUGGAGGACUUAUACAUGUCUAUAAGAAAUAGACAUGUCAUUUUACAUUUCAUGUCGAAGCGUCGUUGUGUACCACUUCUGACUCUCUCCCUGUAAUCAGAAUGUUAUGUGUUUGAACCUCAAGCGAGUUUGAAACUAAGAUUUGAGCCACACCUGCUAACUCGAGCCCUAACUCUUGUACUAUUUCUUUAAGAACAAAGAAAAACAAGACCGAAACAAAUAUAUGUAUGUCUUUGAUAUCUCCCAGCCCUCCCCCUUAUUUUUAUUGAGUCUUUUUGUUCAGAGUUUUCCAAUGAAUAUAAUCAAAUAUCGGAAAUUUUAUUAUUUGUUUUUUAUUUGAUUUGAUUUGAUUUAUUUAUUUCCGUUUCCCAAUUAUACAUGAUAUGAUUAAC